AGACUUGGCGGGUUUUGAGCUGGCGGGAACACCGCACCAGUCCUGGCAACCCUGGACUCUUUCCUGGUGGUCAGUUGUGUGCGAGUCUUCGGUGGUAGAGGAGGGCUUACUUUCUUACUUCCUAACGGGUCUGAGCAGAGAAGCAACACAGCCAUGGCGGGAGUGUGUUGGGCAGGGCGUGCGAGGCUCCUGCUGGUGGUCGUGGCCGUGCUGGCGCCUCUCCCGGCCGCCGCACAGACACCGCCGUUAAGGAGGAGCAUCGUCAACCCUGACUUCCCGUGUGGCAUACCCUACGGACCCAACGGAGAGGUGCCGGUAACCUCAAGACCGAAGAGGCAGAUCAUCUUCCCGGACGAGGAGAACUACGCGACUUACCUGGGGCAGCUCUUCCUGAGGGACGGCAGCAGCAUCAACCCCCGUGAGAGCGAGGCGUCUGGGGAGGGGCAGGUCCUGACGGACGCUUUCUGCGGAGCCGCCGUCAUCAGUGACCGCUUCCUCGUCACAGCCGCCCACUGCGCCGUCAACGAAAAGAACCCGAUCAGUUCCGUUCGUCUGGGCGACAUCGACCUGAACAAAGACAACGAAGCCAACUCGAAACCAAAGGAUUACGAUAUUAAGCAGAUCAUUUUGCAUCCUGGAUAUAGGGGAAACACAACGGUGCGACACUACGACCUGGCGCUGCUGCAGACCUACGACAUCAUCGAGUUCAAUGACGUGGUGUUCCCUUACUGCAUCCCCAAGGCGUCCCCGCCGCCCGGCACCAUUGUCACGGCCUCUGGCUACGGUCUCUAUAACGCCACGUCGGCGUCGCAGCACGUCCUGGAGGCCAACUUCACGAUCAUAGACACAAAGGAGUGUGAGGACAUCUACAUAAAAAAUUUCCAAGAUGAUGCCCUGCGACUCAAGUACCCGAACCUGCUGCAGAACACCGACAUUAUCUGCGCCUUAGACGAUGUGUCCGACGCUUGCCAGGGAGACUCAGGCGGCCCCGUCAUCUGGAAGAAGGACGGGAAGGAGUACUUGGCGGGCCUCGUCUCGGCGGGAGCAAACUGCCGCGGGAACUUCAAGUCGGUGCUGCCCGGCCUCUACAUGAGCACGGCAGUCCACGCGGAUUUCAUCAGUGCCGUUGUGUUCUCACCAGACCUGACGUCUUAGCCCUAAGUGUGUAAUUCACCUCUUGGUCUGCUGCGGGUCUCUCUCGAGACAGCCAGCCGUUCCCCUACGGAAGACCACAGAGCUCAUAGUAUCGAUCUUUGGGUAGGACUGAAACCACUCACACACAACACACCGCGACAACGAGGUCACAACUCUUCGCCUUACGUCGCGUACCUACUCACUGCUAGGUGAACAGGGGCUACACGUGAAAGAGGAUAAACCCAACUUAUCUUCACCUGGCCGGGGAAUCGAACCCCCGGUCCUUCUGGUUCUGAGGCAGACGCACUAUCCAUUGAGCUACCGUGUGUGUGGGGGGAUGGGGGAAGCUUUGAAAGCAGAGGUCUCUCUUCUGACUGUAUCCUGCCCGGGGUAGAUCAACCUUCCAACGCAACGCUCUUCUACAUUGAAAACUAUGACCUUUUUUUUCAUGGAAUCCUAUACUAUAUACACAAAUAAGAAAGCUAUACACGAGCUUCUUAAGAGGGUGUGUGGAUACAACGCAAUAAAGUGAAUGCUGUAAA